GCGGCAUGACGUCACACGGUCCGACGUAACCCCUCACAUCAGGGCUGCAGCGACAACAACAAGGAAGUGAUUGAGCGAGGAGAGUCGCCUUGGUCGCCGCUGCUACUGCUCAAGGCCCCCGUCACCGGAACCCUCCUGUAGACGGGUGAACCGUUCUUUCCCCUUCACACCUUCCCGACGCCGCCAUCAUGAACGGCAAAGGUCAAUAUCCUACACAGCCUACUUAUCCAGUCCAGCCUUCUGGUAAUCCUUCUGUGUUCCCGCAGACUAUACCACUUCCCCAGGCUCCGCCUUACACCGAGGCUCCUCCUGCGUACUCAGAACUCUACCGCCCAAGCUUUGUGCAUCCUGGAGCUGCCACGGUACCAACCAUGUCUGCUGCAUAUCCUGGUGCCUCGCUGUACCUCCCGAUGGCUCAGUCCGUCGCUAUGGGUCCGAUGGGCUCUUCAGUUCCAGUGGCUUUUUACCCUGUGGGCCCCGUCUACCCUCCUGGAUCCACUGUUCUUGUUGAUGGGGGCUUUGAUGCCGGAGCAAGGUUUGCAACGGGUGCCCCCGCUAAUAUUCCUCCCCCUCCUCCCGGCUGUCCUCCCAACGCGGCUCAGCUGGCUGUCAUGCAGGGUGCCAAUGUGUUAGUGACGCAAAGGAAGGGCAACUUCUUCAUGGGAGGCUCCGACGGCGGCUACACCAUCUGGUGAAGGAAAAGGGGGGAGGGCGCUACAUUGGUGUAAAGGAACGACAUCACAUACUGUCAGCACUUCUCACAAUGUAACCGCUUUAGUCGUAUUAACCUGGAGUUGCAGUUUAGACACAUGAUGGGGGGUGUCUUCCUGGUGCCCUGACCCUUCAGGCACUUUUUUUCAUUUAAAAAUGUGUAAAGGAAAAAAAAAAAGCAAAAUGCAAAACCAUGCAAUGGUAGGAGUGCCUCUCUUAAAAUCUUGGGAGUUAAAAUUGUGAAAUGAAUGCAAGUGACAGAGCCCCACACAUUUCCCUUUGAUUCCACUGGAGUGCUUGCGCAGCAGCACUCUCUCUCUCUUUUUGGCUUUUAUUAAUCAACUACAUAUAAAACCAGGUUGGGGGUGGGGAGGGGAGUGAAAGCGGAAGCUUGGAAGAGAGCCUGGUUUCCAAUUAUCAAACAUAUAAAGCUUGCAGAUAUAUCUGUUGCCAAUGAAUAGAACUGAGAUAAAACACCUCUUCUUUUCUCUUCCAUAGAAUUAAUGGUGCUGGACAGAGAAUCUAGACAGACAUAAUUUUUUUGUGGGUGGGGGGCACAUGGCAGAUGCCUAUGAAAGGAGUGGGGGUGGGCUCAGGUUUUGAUUUCUGAUCCCCUCCACCAGUUCCUUCUGCUCACCUUUGCUCUCUGUUCCUGUGCUAGGAAGGUGUGCAGCUAGAGCAUUGACCCAGGAUGUUCUUUUUAUACACUCUUAAGUGAUCUUGGACUCCUUUGCACAUUAAGAAUCUAACUGAAGCCAUGUUUCAGUGCCAGAAACACAUUUCAUUAAAUGCUUCCUGUACUUUUCAAAAAUGAGAGCUUAAAAUGACAGUUUUUUUAAGGGAAUAAAAAAAAAGCAACCCAGUGUCUUGAUAACAACACUCUGUGUGGAAUGUUAUUCGGGCUAGAGAGACAGGAACGUCUGGAUGUCAAUCAAUGUGCAAGUUAGCUGGAUUUGAUGGGUGGUUCUUUUUUUUUCUGAUGCAAAACUUUUUAAAAAGUGGCUUGGGUACAAUAAAGUCUUAUUAGAGUUAAGAAGAAUAUUUCAGGGAUCCUCAAUCUUUUUGUUGUUGUUGUUGCUUUUUGUUUUUAUGAAUUAAAAGAAAUUAUCAGAUUUGGUGAAUAUAUUUUAUCUUAAUUUUCUGUGUGUUGUAUGUGUCAUGGUUAACCAUACAGCUGACUGUUAAUGAAAGGUUGGGAUUCUAGGUCUCUCUGUAAACACUGUGGUGCACUUAACUUGUGGACUUUUUAUACUAAAAACAAGUAGAAUAAAGGCUAUUUUGAAAAAUUUGAAUAAAGUGACAAAGUUGAAUG